AAAUAUGGGAAGGGAAGGCCAGCUUCACCUAAGUACUAGUAUUUAAGCAAGAACACCUAGACCCCAGGGAAAAGCUAACACGUAAUUGAACUGAAAUUCACAAUCAUGGCUAAGUUUUUUAUCAUGGCGGUUCUUGUGAUUUUGGGGACGAUGGUAACCUCAGCUUAUGCGCAAGGAAGUUGUGCGCAGAACCUUGUGUCCUGUUAUCCUUACCUGAACAACGCCACGGCCAAACCUGAAGACGACUGCUGUAACCCGAUCAGACAAACCGUCGCCAAAGAUCUUCCUUGCCUUUGCAACCUCUAUAACGACCCUAAUACACUUGCUUCCUUCAACGUCACUGUCCCGGAAGCCCUCAGGAUCUCUCGUGAAUGCGGCGUCAGUACUGAUCUCAGCGCUUGCAACGCCACUUCUCCCACCUCUGCUCCAUCCCCGCCAGGACAAUCUGGAGGUGCUGACAGGAUAGCAUUGACUGGAGUUAUCACCUUAUUCUUAGUAUUGGUCUCUAUAACACUGUAUUAAAAGUGAUAUUUCUUUAUUUGGAAUAGUUCCGUCAGAGUGAAUAAUACAGGGUGCUUCAGACUAGGCACCCGAGUUUGAAUAUCUCUAGAGGUUUUUAACUGUUUGCUUGUAAUUUAAUUGCUUGAUGUAAUAUAUGUGGUUGGCCAGUGUUUCUACUUUCUAUCACAAA